CCAUGUAGCGCAGCUAUGAUGAGUUGUCAUCAGACUUCUACAUGGGCGGACGACUAUUCUGUACAACAGGAAAACGAACUAGAAGCGCUUGCGUCAAUUUUUGGAUAAUAUUUUAAUGGUCUGCGUAAUAACCAUCCAUGGAAGAUCAAAAGACCACUAGAUGUAUACCUGUGCCUGCGACCUAAUGGACUAAGCAAUGGGAAGGAAAGUUAUGUGACAGUGGACCUGCAGGUCCAUUGCCCACCUACGUUCCCUGAUGUACCUCCAGAGUUUGAGCUGAAGAAUGCCAAAGGUCUCUCCAAUGACAACCUCCAGAGCCUCCAGACACAGCUCACUAAACUGGCUGCAGAGCGAUGUGGGGAGAUGAUGAUCUAUGAGCUGGCCGACCAUGUCCAGGGGUUCCUGAGUGAACACAACAAGCCUCCGUUCAGCUCCUUUCAUGAGGAGAUGCUGAAGAACCAGCGGCUGCAGCAGGAGAGGCUAGCCCUCGAGGAGCAGGAGAAACUGGACCAACGCCGCAGUAAGGAGGAGCAGACGCAAUUUGAGAUUAUGGCUGAAAUCCAAAGGAGAGAGGAGGAGAAACAAGAGGAGAAAAGGAAAAAAGACAUUGCCAAACAGGAGUGCCUUGAGAGUAUAGACCAGCCUGCUGUAGACAGUUCUGUAUUGGGCAGCUCAUCUUAUUCCCCUGGGCCUCCACCUGAGCUUACUGAGCCCAGAAGAGGGACCAACCCCCGGAGACUGACCAACUCCAACACCCGCCACAGGCAUGGGACAGCCACGUGGGAGAGUGUGAGGCUUGGCCGUAAUGUUUAUAAUGCUUUCGACGCGACCAACGGAGAGUUUGCCAUAGUAUACGAGUGGAUCCUACGCUGGAACAAGAAGAUUGGCAAGUUCUUCACCAGUGAGGAAAAGGGGAAGAUUGACAAUUGUAAAAAGCAGAUCCACGGUGCUGCGAGUGAGCUGAACUCCCUGCUGAAGCUGAAACACCCUAACCUGGUGCACUACCAGGCCCUGAGCUCCAGUGAGAGGGAUGACUGCCUGGUGGUGAACCUGCUGGUAGAGCAUGUGGGGGUCAGCAGCAGUCUGAGCCAGAGCCUGGCUAGCCAGACCGCCAUCACCCUGGAGCGCCUCCGCCUGUUUACCACCCAGCUCCUGGCUGCCCUCGACUACCUCCACUCCAACUCUGUUGUCCACAAACAGCUGGGCGCCUCCAGCGUGCUUCUGGACCACCUGGGCAACGUGUGACUCACAGACUACAGCCUCUCCAAGAGACUGGGCGACCUCUGCAAGGAGGACAUCGUUCAGCAGGCCCGCGUGCGCUUCUGUGAGGACACGCUGCCCACCAAGGCUGGGAAGAAAGGGGACGUGUGGAGCCUGGGGCUGAUGCUGCUGGCACUUAGCCAGGGCGAGGAGGUCAGGGAGUUCCCGGUGUCUGUGCCCACCAGCUUGCCCGCUGACUUCCAGGACUUCCUCAACAGGUGUGUGUGUCUGAAUGAUGCUGACCGCUGGAACACCCAGCAGCUGUUUGACCACCCCUUCCUCAACCCUCCACCUCCGAAGACCCCUCCACAGUGCCAGGACGCUAGUCCAGAAGACAUUGGUGAUGACUUUGCGUCGUCAGUCAUCCCUCACAGUCACAUCCUCAAUGCUCCGUUCAGCACUGGGCUACAGAGGCAGUUCUCACGCUACUUCAACGAGUUUGAGGAGUUACAGUUGCUGGGGAAAGGAGCUUUUGGUACCGUUAUCAAGGUCCAGAACAAGCUGGAUGGAUGUUACUAUGCUGUGAAGCGUAUCCAGGUGAACCCGGCCAGUAAGCAGUUCCGUAGGAUCAAAGGUGAGGUGACGCUGCUGUCACGCCUCAACCAUGAGAACAUCGUCCGCUACUACAACGCCUGGAUCGAGAGGCAUGAGACCCCCUCCACGGGGAUACUGAGCUCAGACAGCACAGAGCCCCGGCGCACAGCGGAGAAACUGCCUCAGGUCCGAGCCCCUUCUCUGGGCCCCAACGAGCUGGGAAUCGGCAUGCUUGACAACGUGGAGGGUAACGCCUCACCCCCUGCCCCGGCGAGCUCGGUGGAGUGGAGCACCUCCAUCGAGAUGUCAUCUAGUGCCAAGUGCAGUGGUCACGAGUCCAGCGACGAGGAUGAUGAUGUUUUCUGUGCCUCGUUCCUCACAGACUCUCUUUAUCUUUACAUCCAGAUGGAAUACUGUGAAAAAAGCACUUUACUAGACACCAUUGACCAGGGCCUCCAUCAGGACAACAGUCGCCUGUGGAGGUUCUUCAGGGAGAUCCUGGAUGGCCUGGCUUACAUCCACCAACAGGGGAUGAUUCAUCGAGACCUCAAGCCUGUCAACAUUUUCUUGGAUGCUCAGGACCAUGUGAAAAUUGGAGACUUUGGCCUGGCCACAGACCAUCCUGCUAGUGUGAAUGAACAAAGAACUGACUUUGUAGAAAUCGUCUCGUCCCUACAGGCCGCAGCAAGUAUACUGGACAUUGAGGAGAGUGGCUCUGUUCUGAUUCUCAAACCGGACCAAACAGGGAAUAUGACUGGUAUGGUUGGUACUGCCCUAUAUGUCAGCCCAGAGGUGCAAGGAAAUACCAACGCCACUUACAACCAGAAAGUGGAUCUGUUUAGCUUGGGUAUUGUCCUGUUUGAGAUGUCCUACCGACCCAUGACCACCGGCUCCGAACGAAUCUCAGUCCUGAGCCAGCUGCGCAUGGAAGACAUCAACUUUCCUGAAGAUUUCCCUGAGUAUAAGAGUGGAACGCAGAUGAAGGUUAUUGGCUGGCUGCUGAACCAUGACCCGGCCCUGCAUUCCACGGCCCAGGAGCUCCUGAAGAGUGAUCUGCUGCCCCCGCCCCAGAUGGAGGAGUCGGAGCUCCACGAGGUCCUGCAGCACACCAUGGCUAACGUCAAUGGCAAGGCCUACCGCACCAUGGUCAACCAGCUGUUCUCCCAGAUCACCUCCCCCGUCAUGGACUACACCUACGAUAUCGACCUCCACAAGGGCAACUUUCAUUUCAACAGUGCCAGAUUGCAACCGUAUGUGUACGAAACAAUCACCAGGAUCUUCAAGAAACAUGGGGCUGUGCGUCUCCAGACCCCCCUGCUCCUCCCCAGGAACAGGAAGCUGUAUGAAGGCAGUGAGCCUUCUUGCUUGAUGGACCACAGUGGCAUGCUGGUCACCCUGCCCUACGACCUCCGGAUUGCAUUCGCAAGAUUUGUGGCCAGAAAUAAUAUUACCCAUUUCAAGAGGUGGUGCAUUAAGCGUGUGUUCCGGCCCAGAAAGCUGGACAGGGCCCACCCCAGGGAGCUGCUGGAGUGUUCCUUUGAUGUCAUUGUCCCCGUCACUAAUAGCCUGCUGCCUGACGCUGAGACCAUUUUCACUAUCUCAGAGAUUAUCCAGGAGUUCAGUGUCCUGCAGGAGAGGAACUACCACAUCUACCUGAACCACACCAGCCUGCUGAAGGCCGUCCUGCUACACAGCGACCCCGAGGACAAACUGAGCCACGCAUCCAGCAUCCUCUGUGACGCCAUGAGUGAAAAGCUGACCAGGAGAGAGGUGGAGGCCAAGUUCUGUAACCUGUCCCUGUCCAACAACAGUUUGCAGACUCUGUAUAAAUACAUAGAGCAGAAAGGAGACCUGCAGGACCUGGUCCCCCUCAUCACCUCUCUGACCAAACAGAAGACUGCAGUCACCCAGCUGGCAAAGCAGGGCCUUAAAGACCUGGAGGCACUCACUGGCCUGCUCAGGAGCCUGGGAGUCAAGCUACAGGUGGUGGUAAAUCUGGGUCUGGUUUAUAAGGUGCAACACCAUUGUGGGGUCAUCUUCCAGUUUGUGGCCUUCAUCAAGAAACGUAGACGCGCAGCGCCAGACAUCAUGGCUGCAGGAGGGAGAUACGACCACCUGAUCCUUGAGUUCCGUGGCCCAGCGUCCUCUGCUCCUGUCCAUUCGGCAGUAGGGGCCAGUUUGGCUCUGGACAAAGUCUGUGCUGCCCUGGCCAGCAUGGAAGAGCCGCCCUCUAUCAGUUCGUGUGACGUGCUGGUGGUACCAGUAGGCCACAUCUCCAUGGGCCGAGCCAUCAACGUGGUCCAGAAGCUGUGGACAGCAGGGGUUUCUACUGACAUUGUCUAUGACGUGUCACAGUCCCAGGAGACUAUGCUGGAGCACUGUAGACAGGCUGGCAUCACCUGCAUGGCCCUUGUCUCAGACAAGGACGGGAACUACAUCAAGGUCAAGUCCUCUGAGAAGGAAAAGCAGUCAGAGAAGAGGAUUCCAGAGUCUGACCUUGUGGAUCACAUUGUUCAGAAAUGUCGGACCAAAUUCUUUGAGGAGAGAAAUAUCCGGGAAACCUCUGAGACGGUCUCUCUUCAGAACACCAAGGGGUCACUCGUCAAUGCCUCAGGAUUGUCAGAGCAGCAUGGGAGCAGCGCCUCCAGUAACAUCAACGUGUUACUUAUCUCACCAGAGAAGGUGUCCUCCAGCGCCAGACGGCGCUACGAGACCCAGAUUCAAACCAGAUUGCAUUAUCUUGCUAGCAAUUUACAGAACAAGAGCAAUGACAUCGAAGUUCUGGCUGUGGACCUCCCGAAGGCAACUCUCAUCAACUUCCUGUCAUUGGAGUUUGAUGGAGAUGAGCAGUUCAACAACAGCGUUAAACAUCUGCUGUCACGUCUCCCUAAGCAGCGCUAUCUCAGGUCCAUCUGUGAGGAGCUCCACUGCUUCAAAAUCCUAAAAAGGGCUGCUGUGGUGGUUUUGUACAGCUACAAGGACGAUUACUACAAGAUUCUUCUGUGAAACCAAAGAUGUUACUGCUCAGGACAAGCUCCAAGCUGCUCCCAGCACAACAGGCUUCCUGUGGCGCUUUUCUAUAUAGAGAUACUGUAUCUGUUUAGAAAGAUGACUUUCCUUUUGAGACUGUGAACCUAAAGGCAAAAGUCAACUUUUAGUUUUAAAUUGUGAUCCAGUUACAAUCAGCUCUGAACCUCACUGCAUGUUGUGCUCCUCCCUACAUCUUGAAGGCAAAAAAAUGUUUUCUAAUCUUCUUACUGUACCUGCCUUAAUGUGUAACGGUUAAUGUACAUUCUGAAGAGGAAUGUUUUUUUUAUUGCAGAUAAAGUGUUGCUAUAUUUCCAAAUAAAUGGCCAAUUCCAUAUUUUUAAAGUGACAUGAUGAAUAAUGGCAUUAAAUCUCAUAUUUUCCCUCA